AUGACUACAUGUACCAGAAUGCACUGCGGCUGUCAGAUUCAGCCGAACACUAGUAAUGCUGUACGGGCGAGGAGCAUACUGACGUAGCUACGGACUGACUUGCACACUUUCAGUGCUUCAAACAUGGAUCAAGACAACAAUUCAGAGGAUGAGUCAGUCGGCCCAUCAGAGGACCCUUCAGAAGAGGAACUGCCUUGUCUACCUCCAGGGCUCUCGGAUGGUGAAGCAAUGGAGCUGCUGUGGCAGUUAAGAUCCCAGCGCCGCCAGGCGUCUCCUGAGCUCCCAGAGACAGUGAGCAUUCUCACUGCCCCUGACGGCAGCAUCCUAUACCUGGUUGGCACUGCCCACUUCAGUGACAGCAGCAAAAAGGAUGUGGCCACGACGAUCCGCGCUGUGCAGCCAGAUGUGGUGGUGGUGGAGCUGUGCCAGUACAGGGUGUCUAUGCUGAAGAUGGACGAGAAUACACUGCUGAGGGAAGCCAAAGACAUCAACCUGGAUAAGGUUCAGCAGGCCAUCAAACAGAAUGGGCUGAUGUCUGGCCUCAUGCAGAUUCUCCUGCUCAAAGUUUCAGCUCACAUCACAGAACAGCUGGGCAUGGCUCCUGGAGGAGAGUUUAGGGAGGCCUUCAAAGAGGCUGGCCGAGUGCCGUUCUGUAAAUUUCACCUUGGGGACAGGCCGAUCCCCGUGACGUUCAAGAGGGCCAUCGCAGCUCUCAGUCUGUGGCAGAAGGCCCGUCUGGCGUGGGGUCUCUGCUUUCUGUCAGACCCAAUCAGUAAAGAGGACGUAGAGAAGUGCAAACAGAAGGACCUGCUGGAGCAAACCAUGUCCGAGAUGAUCGGCGAGUUUCCUGCUCUUCACCAGACCAUCGUGGCUGAAAGAGACAUCUACCUCACGCACACGCUCCGCCAGGCUACACGCUGUGUGGAGGCCCCCCGUAAUGCCCAGAAAGUGCCUGCUGUGGUAGUGGGAGUUGUAGGGAUGGGUCAUGUCCCUGGCAUAGAAAGAAACUGGGAGAAGCAGCUCAACAUAAGUGAAAUCAUGAGUGUUGCGCCUCCCUCACGUUUUGGCUGGGUGUUGCGCACCGUCCUAAAGGGUGUCAUGAUGGGAAUGCUGGGAUACGCCUGCUACCGAGCUGGAGGGAGUUUAGGUAGAACCCUGCUAUCUUUACCUGCAGUCCAAUCUUUACUGGAGACUCUGCGGCCAGCCCCUGCUCUAAGCCAACAGGGACGCGACCUUUGAUCGAUUAAAACAAUGCAUUUUUCACCAAUGGCCUUAAAAACAGGGAGUGACGCUGGAGAAAAGGUUUCACCAGCCCACACUAUGAACUAACAAGGACCCCAGGGGGUUAAGAGCCUCCCACCUCGUAUUGAUGUCCCUGUAGACGCAGCAGGGCCGUACUGCCAAAGAAUCCACGACAGUACUCUUCGUUUUCUUUCAUAUUUUGUGCAAAUUAUGUAUUUUGUAAAGUUAACAAAUGCCAAUAAUUCCUUUUGAAUCGACUUACCCCCACCAUUGCUUUAAAUGACAGUUUUCUUAUUUGACAAGUAUCAUUGGAAUCCUCUCCAGUCACGUGCCCCCUUAUUCCUUCCUCUCUUUUUUUUUUUUUGGUGCCAGCCAGCAUUUUAGGUAAUUGGCCCAUUUAAAGUCCAGCACUUUAUAAGAGAGUCUUGUACUGUACAUGCAGCCUAUGUAAGGGAAAUAUGAGUAUACUAUCAAUACUCCUUAAUCAUAAAUAUAAUCUAGGAAUAAUCUUGGUGCAUGGAGUGAUCCUCGUGGUGUGAGGUAAAUGUCAGAAAUGUCUGAAUUGGAAGGCUGACCACCAUUUUCCUAAUUCUUGAUCUUCUAUUUGAAAUGCAUAUUCUUGAAAACUCACAAAGACACAAUUAUUUCCCAUGUGUACGGCCCUGCCCACAUCAACAGACAAGUGCCUCAUAUUGCAGUAGUAAGGGCUAAUGGUAAACUAAAUGGAAUGGCAAAAAUGUGUUAUAUCCAUCUUACGUAUACUACAACCAAAUGGUCCAUGCAGUUUUUCUAAUAAUCGCUCUUUCUAUAAUUAUAUGAUAGGCCUGUUUUAUAAAAUAGUGUUGCCCUAAAAAUAGACCGUCUAGUUUGUGUUGUCUUGGCUUCAGUUGAAAUGGCCCCUUCACCCACUUCAUUUUAUGGUCAGUCAUACAUCAGGACGGGAUUAAAUGUGCCUCAGGAUGAGCAAUGCAUUUAUCUUUGAUUGUACCUCCAAUAUGAGGCACCCUCACAUAUUGGCUAUAAAUUGCUGCAUCUGUGAGUAAGGAUUCAUACUUGACACAAAAAUAUGCAUCUUGUACAGAAAGACAUCUCUAAAAACCUCCGCACGGAAACAUUGCCGUUCAGCGCACCAGCUGUUGGUACUUUUAUGAUAUAUGCAUUAUCACUUGCCAGUCUGAUUGUAAAAUGGGAUUUAGAUGAAGAAAAAAAAAUUUGAUUGUUUCUCUCAAAUUCAUUAUUGAACUUGACUGUAAUGAUUUCUCAGUGGAAUUCCCAUCAAUGGAAAUCUGUUACGGACUUGUUUUGACUACUAUGAAAGAAACUGACCGUUUAGAUUGGUCAGAGUUGGGAGCUAAAGCCUUACACUGCUAUCACUGCUGCCUUUGACCCUCAGAUUGCAUCCUCUGCUGAGGCUUUAUGUUACCACCACUGACAUGUAUCCAUCGUACAGAGCAUCUUAUUGCAUAUGUUAAAAAAAAAAAGAA